CGCACUGGUAUUCUCAAAUUAUAGCUCCAUCGGUGAGGUGUCAGUUCCGCAGAUGCUUUACUGGAGAUGUGAAGCGGAGCUUUUCUAGGCUUCCCUAUUGGGACGAACUUGAGAACGAUUUGAGUGCUUCGAUUGCCGUUGUCUGAUGCAAUUGUUGAGCGGCAUAGGAACACACCUACGUCCGUAUACAUUGUAGCGGGCGGAACCAGGAAAACAGAUCAAUAGAUGCCAUGGAUCAAUGCAGGCGCAGCCAACGACACUCCGAACCGUCGUUCUCAGCUAUGAAGUGCGCUGCUCUAGUACUUGUUCUGUCGGUGAGCUUCACUCUGGUCGAGGCAACAACUGGAAAAAGCAGGGCCCUUCCUGCUGCCAAUCUCCCCGAGGAUUGCAACACUAUUGAGCGAUGCUGCAUGCCAAGGCCAUAUACGGGAAAACCCGGAAUUCGAUCAUUCGAGUUCCCUAAGGACCAACCCACGAGGAUCCGCAAACCAGCACAACAUCUCGACAAAGCCUAUGUCAAGAAGCUUGAGAAGGCGUACAAGAUACUCAGGGAGCUCCCAGACUCAGACCCUCGUUCCCUAAAGAAUCAGAUGAACCUUCAUUGCUUGUACUGCGACAACGGUCUCUACUUCCCAGGUCAUAAAUAUCCGUUGGAGGUUCAUAACGGCUGGUUCUUCCUCCCAUGGCACCGUAUGUUCAUCUACUGGCAUGAGCGCAUCCUGGCAAAAAUACUGGACGAUGAGACAUUUGCGCUUCCCUACUGGAAUUGGGACAACCAAUCCCCGGAGCCUCCCUUUGGCAACACCAUCCCGGAGAUUUACGCCAACCCCAAGUCCCCGCUUUACGAUGUGAACCGUAACAACUGCUCGGUGCCGCCGUUUGUCGUUGAUAUGGACACUAGGACCGGUUGUACCAACAAGACAUCGGACUUUCUCCGAGUGCAGAACACUCGUCUAACUUACUCCCAGAUCGUCCUGGGCGGUGGAACUCCCUCUCUUUUCUACGGAUUGCCUUACAGAAAGGGAGAUUUCGGCGGUGCAGGUUCAGGAGUCUUUGAGGAUCAACCUCAUGGUACCAUCCACGCGUGGGUGGGCAGCGUCGAUCCUCUGCCCGGACGCAGGCCCGGAGAUGAUAUGGGGAACUUCGGCCGUUCUGCUUUCGACCCUGUAUUUUAUGCGCAUCACACGAAUACCGACCGACUUUGGGAGCUCUGGCUAACGAAAAUCCCAGGCGGCCAGCGCACCCACCCCACCGACCCAGACUUUCUGAACUCAGAGUUCACGUUCUAUGACGAGGACGCGAACCUCGUCAAAAUGAAGGUCUCGCAAGUCCUUGACUCAAGAAAACUCAGGUACAAAUAUGCGGAGAUGCCAACUCCAUGGAUCACGAACGGACUGGAGGCCGGGAAGGAGCACACCGUCCCCCACUGCAACCCCUUGACAAAAUCUCAAGUCAAGAGUCUGAUUGAGGAUACAAGGGUAAGCAAAGGCAACGAGACCCUGUUUGUCACUCCCAUCACAUUCCGCCUGAAGCGUCCGAAGCGCCGCAGCGAGGGCACGGAGGUGUUGGAAAUUUCGGGCCUGUUCAUCCCGAACAUCACCGAUCAGGUUCACGUUAAGGCCUACGUCUUCUUCCCACAGGCCGUCAUCACGGACGGUCCCGUGUGCCCUGAGUUUCUAGGCACAUUUAACUUCAUCCCCCACAUUGGCCAGGCUCUGUACAAUCCUGGCCGAGUGUGGAGAGCAGCCGUGGGACCGAAGCUCAAGGCUCUCGGCCUAGACUACGUCAACCACGUGGUGUUCACAAUUGUGCAGACUGGCAAGCCCCAAAUGCUCAGCUUCCAGAAGGCACGGAUCAUCUACGACCUCAGCCCGGAGGUUACUAUGUAAGCUUCGAUCAGGUUUAGUGCCACGAACAAUCGAUCGACCUCAUCAGCUAUCAAAUCCGGUGGUCCAUUCACAGAUGCUGUGGACGCCAGCCUUCUGGCGUUUUUGAUUGCGAGGCCGUUGAUAUUCAUCAUCUCAUGAGAGACUUUCCAGUUUAGAUAAUGCUGCUGCUUCGAAACGCAGCCGUCUCGACAGCGAGAAAUUUGUAAUUUGUCGGUAGGCUAGAAGAGUUCGGGGAUUCGAGACUCGAGUGAAAUGUAAUAAAAGCGAGACAACGUCAACUUAGAAGAGUGAAUUUCUCGGAUUAGAUAGGAAGAAAAAUUGAAAAAAAAAAGGCAAAAAAAACUUCAUGCGAUGCGAUGCGAGUUCUUUCUCUUGCAGAGUGUGGUUGUUCAGGUUCGCGAGUUCUCAAGUCAAGGUCUCGUCGAAUCUCAUGUAACUCAGUAAACCUUCAUGUUCUAUGUGUUUGAAGAGGCAUUGAACCUCCAUCUUCAUAACUGAAAACGCAUCUUCGCGCUUUGUCGGUA